AUUCGUUCAAGACCCGAACAUCACUACUUCAGUGGUAGUGGUCCCGCGGUCACGGGAGUCUUGUGCUGUCAGACAGGUCACACACAGGUGGUGUGGAGGGCUGGGGGACCGAGAUGAGAGGAGACCGAGCGCAGUGCAUCUCUGCAGCGGCAUCAGGUGCGGGGUUUGACGGGCACAGGACCUGAGAGCACAGGGUUAACACUGCUGAGCGCAGGGAAAUGCCUCAGAAGAGAAGGAAACAGAAGGUGAAGUCCAGCCCGACGGAAGCCUCUGCUCCGAGUGUGGGGACGACGAGAAGCACAGACCACCAGGAGGAGAGGAGAGAAGCAGGCAGAGCGAGUCCAGCCGAUCAUUCACAGCCGGCUCUAGAUGAAGAUUCAGCCGUAAGACUGCUGCAGCAACAAAACCCAUCCGAGACGGCAGGAGGACGAGAGCAGGACCACAGGAGCCUGACGCUCGUGGGAUGUGUGUCACCGUCUAGAAACACAGACAGCCGGUUGAAGUUAUUAGCAGAGAAGCGGAAAACGAGUCCAUACUUCAGUGGAAGGGAUGACGCUCUGAGUCCCCCAAAGCGCAAGGCCUUCCGGAAGUGGACUCCGCCGCGCUCACCCUACAAUCUGGUGCAGGAGACGCUGUUUCACGAGCCCUGGAAGCUCCUGGUGGCCACAAUCUUCCUCAACCGGACCAGCGGUAAGAUGGCGAUCCCUGCGCUGUGGGAGUUUUUCCAGCGCUAUCCGAGCGCAGAGGUGACGCGAGCGAGUGACUGGAGGCUGCUGGCUCUCCUGCUGCAGCCGCUGGGUCUCAGCACGCUCCGCGCCAAAACACUCAUCCGCUUCUCCGAUGAGUAUCUGAGUAAAUCGUGGCGGUAUCCCAUCGAGCUCCAUGGCAUUGGCAAAUACGGCAACGAUUCAUACCGUAUCUUCUGCGUGGAGGAGUGGAGAGAGGUCACUCCAGGCGACCACAAGCUCAACGACUAUCACGCCUGGCUCUGGAAAAACCAGGAGCAAUUAGGAAUCUGAUUUUAGUUGCACUCCAGGAUGUUUUAAUAAAUCAUGUCUGCAGUAGCGAAUGUGAAUGUGUACCAGUGAACUCAUCAGAGAUCAGCUGCUGUCUGUCUCCUGAAAGCAUGAGAUGUUCUAAAUGUUUCAUCAUGUUUGUUCAUCAGUUCUAGAAAACAUGUUUAAGUUGUGUAAAAAUAAAUUAACUUUUUAUCUUUUGUACAU